GAGUGUUUUAUCCUCUCUCUCGUCUCUUCUUCACUGUAAAGCUCCGACAUUCAUUCACAAUGGCGAUGACAAUGGCGUCUCUUUCUUUCCCAUCUUCACUCCACAAAACAACCUUAUCCUCCUCAUUCUCCCUCCCAUCGAAAGCCUCUUCCUUUCUCACCAAACCCUCUCCCAAACGACGAACCCUCACAAUCUCCAUGUCCAUGGAAGCCGGAAUCGGCGUGAUGGCCUCGAAGCUCGGCAUGAUGUCUUUCUUCGAGCCAGACGGAACCGUGGUCCCCGUGACCGUCGUCGGGUUCCGCGAAGGCAACAUCGACCAAGUCAAGACCUUAGCCACCGACGGAUACGACGCCGUCCAGGUCGGGUACCGCCGCGUCCGCGACAAGAAGCUCACCAAGCCCGAGACGGGUCACCUCGAGAAGGCCGGCGUCAUCCUGCGGCAUCUCCAGGAGUUCAGGCUGACGAGCGUGGAAGGGUUCGAGCCGAACCAGAAGCUCGUCUUCGACGAGAUUUUCAAGGAAGGAGAUCUUGUCGACGUGGCGGGGACGACGAUUGGGAAAGGGUUUCAGGGUGGGAUUAAGAGGCAUAAUUUCAAGAGAGGGCAGAUGACUCAUGGUUCCAAGAGUCAUCGUGCUUUGGGUUCGAUUGGUGCCGGGACGACUCCUGGGAGGGUUUAUAAAGGGAAGAAGAUGCCUGGGAGGAUGGGUGGGACGAGGACGAAGAUUAGGAAGCUUAGGAUUGUUAAGGUUGAUAAGGAGUUGAAUGUUGUUAUGAUCCAAGGUGCUUUGCCUGGUAAGCCUGGGAAUCUCCUCCGUAUUACUCCCGCUAAGAUCGUUGGAGUUAAUAUCCCCAAGAACUAGUGGACUCAGAUAUUGUGUUAUGUUUGUGUUGCGUUGCUUUUGAAUUCGUUUCAUUUUGUGGACUUUUGAGUUUAAAUCCUUUCUUGUGUUAUGUUGUAAGCACUUCUUUUGACUUGGCUCAGUUUGUGGAUGGUGAGUUUACAACCA